UCCGCUCGGUUUCCUGCCGUUUUACCGCGCCGCCGGACGCUCGAUGACCGCCGUGCUGCCGCUCGGGCUCCGUAGUUUGUUGGCUCCUUUUGUGUUGCGGUGUCAGCCGCUCGCCGUAGCGCCGGAACCCCGGGGAGGGGGCCAGGCUAACUGCUGCCCCCGCUGCGGCGCCCUCUCCCGCCUCACUCUCACUUUCUCCCCCCGCUAGCAGCAGCAACAGCGCGCUAGCUUAGCAGGCUGCAGACGAUAAACAAGAUGGCCACGGGCUAGCUGCUAGCCGCUAGCUAGCUAGCUAGCCAGCCAGUCAGCCAGAUAAACAUGGCAGCCUGCCCGUCUUUGUAGAGCUGUGAGGCGGCGGCGGAGCGUGUCCUUCCGCUGGCAGCCGUGGGUUUGUGUGUGCGAACCGCAGUAAAAGUUGUGCACAGUUGGUGAAGGAUGUGGAAGUGUUAGAGCGAGAGCGGAGAGGUGCAACCUCCGGGGAAAACCACCGCCAGCAGCCCGGGAGGCAGGCAGUGCGGCGGCUGCGUGGCGAGUGGAGGGGCCACCUGAGUGCUCGCGGGGUGACAGGUAAUGUCCACCUGAGAGGCAGGGAGGAUAGGAAGCUGCAGCAUUGUGCACAGAGCGGCUGCUCUACUUUACCUGAAAACUUCUCAGAGUGCAUGUGUGUGGGAGGCCGCUGCACACGCGCACACACACAGCUGCAGCAGCUGUCUGUCUCCUCUAAUGACAUCCUGCUCCUGCAAACAGCACACCUCUGCAGGCCGACCUGUGCCCCAUUUACAGCUGCCACCACAUCAGCUCUGUCUGCAUGACGGCGGUGACCGGCUGACUGCAGUCUUACUGUGGUCCUGCACCAGUGCAGAAACGGAACCGCAGCAGCUGUUGAUGGGGAUGUUCCCAAGAGUCAUCUCUAACAUUGCUGCUGGUAUCUGCUCCCCUGAAAGUGUAAAAAUGCUUGCUGUAAAGUUAUUUAGUCUGAGUUUUUCAGGCGUGCUCAUGCUGCAGGUGCAGCCUCAAAAAGUCAGUCUCACCAAUUGGCACACAUUAGGCGUCAGGGCCAGACACUCACGGCGCCCCUGGGGGGCGGGGGGAAUCCUGGUUUCAAAAUAUGCUUGCAUACCUGGCUUUCAUGCUCAGAGGCAGGGAUACAGGCUCGUGAUGGUCAGCCGUAUCUGCUGACAUCUGGCUGAUCUUCCACUACGUCAUUGUUUUCCAGAGGACGCUCUCAGGGACUCCCAACCCCCCAGCCCCUCCUCCUGUGAGGGCUAGCAGACUUCACCAGCAGGAGGGGAGUGGAGGAGGAGGAGGAGAAAGUGGAGGAAGAAGAAGUAGGAGGACUUUUACCAACCUCAGCGAUACCUCAGGUGUUGAAACGGAGCAGGUGAGGAGGAUUAGCUCCGCCCCCUCACCAUGACAGACUUGGAGAGUGAGUGCCUGAGCCUGGGCCUGCCCCCCGAAUGUGGCUCGCCUCCCCUGACGCUGGACUCCUCCCUGCAGGUGGACUGUGGCGCUGCGCCCGUCGGCUCAACCCCGACGCCCACUCUGGCCCUCCUCUCCUCCGAUUGUCCCACGCCCACGCUCAGUUCGCUGGCGGCGGAGAUCGCGGAGCCGCUGGUGAUGCUGCCGUGCGUGAAGAGCGAGCCGGAGGACGGCGACCUGGAGCCCAUCAGGACUGUGGACCUGUCAGAGAUCCAGCCGCUGUCCACCGCCGAGCUGGGCCAGGACCAGAUCAAGAUGGAGAUCAGCGGCCUUGACUACAUCAAGUCUGAGCAUCACGGUCACCACGGCAACCACCACCUGGGGGUGUUUCACCACAGUGACGUAACAGAGCUGGACUACAAGUCGCACUACGAGCCAAGCUCAGUGUUCGACUACAUCUCCCAGGUCACCGACACUCUGGAGUACAUCAAGUCGGACCACCACGUGGACCUACAGUGUUACUACACCACCGAGCUGAGUGCGCUCAAGUCGGAGUACCCCGAGACCAACGCCAUGUCCGCCCACCUGCAGCACAACGGCCUCGAGUCCAUCCACAUGGCCGAGCUGCGCACGGAGCUCAACAAGCUCCGCCCUGACUCCCUGCUCAUGGACGGCAUCGGCAAACCAGACGCUGAGUUCGGAGGGGGGGCGCUUUACGAGCUGCAGCCCGCACACGUGGGGAAGUCCUCCACGGAGGCGAUGAUGGCAACAGGACAGGCGGGAGGGAGUCUGGUGGUCACGACUAAAACGCAGAGCCCGACGGUGAGGAAACCUCGCAACAUGCAGGGCGAAAAACCGUUCUCCUGCACGCAGUGCGGGAAAAACUUCAGCACACUGGGAAACCUGAAAACGCACCAGCGCAUACACACGGGCGAGCGGCCGUACACCUGCUCGCAGUGCGGCAAGAGCUUCGGCCAGGCGGGCAACCUCAAGCGGCAUCAGCUCAUCCACACAGGCCAGAAGCCGUACGUCUGCGCCCACUGCCCCAAAGGCUUCACCAAAGCCGACGACCUGCGCUCACACCAGCGGCUGCACACUGGCGAGCGCCCGUUCAUCUGCACCACCUGCGGCAAGAGCUUCAGCCAGUCCAAGGAGCUGAAGGCGCACCACUUGAGCCACACGGGCGAGCGGCCGUACUGCUGCCAGCACUGUGGCAAGAGCUUCACCAAGGAGACAAGCUACCGCAACCACGUCCAGAUCCACACCGGCGAGAAGCCCUUCACCUGCUCGCAGUGUGGAAAGACUUUCAGCAACUCGGGCGUCUUAAAAACCCACGAGAAGAUCCACACGGGCGAGCGGCCAUUCGGCUGCACGCAGUGCGGGAAGAGCUUCGGCCGUCUCGGCCACCUGAAGGCGCACCAGCAGAUCCACACGGGCGAGCGGCCAUACGCCUGCCCUCACUGCGGGAAGACUUUCAGCCAGUCGGGCCACCUCAAAGCACAUGAGCAGAUCCACAAGCGAGAGCGAGUGGACACGGCGAGCACCAGCAGCGACGGCAGCAGCAGCGCCGUGGGCAGUGACAGUAGCUAACUGCAAACCCUUUAACCUCCGGAAAAACAAAGUAUUAUUCCUCUUUUUUAUAAAUACGAUAUAUAAAGCUUUUCCUCAUGAGUUUUUCUUACAUUUUCAUACCUUUUGUGCUCUUUUUGCAUUUUAUCUGUGGGCAGGGCGGACUGACGCAUUUGCUCUUAUGCAAGUGUCUGUGUGUGUGUGUACACGUUAUAUACCGUGUGUCUGGGGGACGGGUGGGUGGGGCUGUAGAUAAUCUUUAAACUGGACUGACUGUAGAGUAUCAGGACUUAUUUUUGGAGACCUUAACAAGCACAAAUACUUCAGAGACCAACAGUUUGAGUACUUCAUUUUUGUAUUUCCUGUUUUUUACUGACUCAGACCAGCAGUUCCUGACAGACCGUGACCCCGUUUACUGAAAAACUGCACACUCGCGGCACGGACACGCCGUCUCGGUACGCUCUAAAGGAACAUGAAAGGGUCCAAAAUCCCAGCCUUCCAUUCUACGGUGCACUAGAAUCGGGCUUCGUAGUCCUGUCGCUCUGUGGUGUCGCUGAUAACUGAUGGAAGCUUUAUCCUUUCUCUGUAACUUAAAUCUAUGUGAUUCGAACCGGACCCGAAGUUCCAAUUCAUUCAGAUUUCUGUGAAAUAUCUCACAAGUCCGCUGUGCUCUUCACCGUCUCUGCACAGA